CGCCGCGGCGAUGGCGCUUGCCUUGCGGUAUUCAGCCGACUGAAGACUUUACCGCUAGUUUGCUAGUGUUGGUCACUCAUGGGGUACAUAGAUGGUUUCGAUCGUAGAUACACAGUUACAAUGGGGUCACAACCUUGAAUAUUAGUUAACGAUGAAUAUAAGUGUUUUCCAAGGGCUAGCUUCAGAUAAUAAAAUAUCAGUUAUAAUAAGAAGAUUGUUAAAGACGAGUGCAUUACAUAUCUGCGCGGUCAGGCCGAGGGUCUCGGCUUGCCGGUGCAGGUGUUUGAGCCGCUGCCUCGGAAACCGAUCCUGGUCAUGACAUGGGAAGGACAAGAACCCAAUCUUCCUAGUAUACUGCUUAACUCACAUAUGGAUGUCGUGCCCGUUUUUGAGAAAAGUUGGAACUACCCUCCAUUCGAGGCGCGUAUCGUGGACGGCGUCAUCUACGCCAGAGGAGUUCAGGAUAUGAAGUCAGUAGCAGUACAAUACAUAGAGGCCAUACGACGACUGAAGACAAAAGGAGUCACAUUCAAACGAACCAUUCAUUUGAGUUUCGUCCCGGAUGAAGAAAUUGGCGGUAGAAACGGCAUGGCUAAGUUUGUUAAGACCGAGCAUUUCAAAAAGUUGAACGUUGGUUUCGCUUUGGACGAGGGUCUGGCGAGCCCAAAUGAGGAUUACCUGGUCUUUAAUAGUGAAAGGAGUAUUUGGCACAUAAAUGUAAAUUGUCCCGGGAAGUCUGGCCACGGAUCUUUGUUGCUCCCGGAUAAUUGCGGAGAGAAGAUCCGUUACAUAAUUGACAAGUUUAUGGACCUACGCCGAGAAUCUCAGAAGAAAUUAGAAGAUAACCCAGAGCUGACUAUUGGUGACGUCACAACUAUUAAUUUAACUAUGCUUAAGGGUGGUAUUCAAAACAAUGUGAUACCUGAGAAAAUGACGGCAAGUUUCGAUAUUCGGUUGGCCUUAUCGGUAAAUUUUGAAGAUUUCGAAAAUAUGAUUAAAAAUUGGUGUAAGGAAGCCGGAGCUAAUGUGACAUACGACUUUGAUCAAAAGGAUGCUUAUGUAGACCCAACACCGGUGGAUAAUACAAACCAAUACUGGCACGCUUUUAAGAGUGCUGUUGACAAACUCAAAAUUAAAUUGAAACUUCGCACAUUUCCCGGCGGAACCGACUCUCGUUUCAUCAGAGAAGAAGGCACGAAGGCUCUUUGCUUCUCACCGUUGCGAAACACGGUACCAGGACUACAUGAGCACAACGAAAGCCUAGCCGUAUCUGUGUUCCUUGAAGGCAUUAAAACCUACGAGGAAAUAAUCCCGGCAAUAGCGAAUGUUUGAUUCAACAAAGUUUAAUAAAAGCUGCUAUCAA